ACACUACUACUAACUAACUAAGCCCUGUCCCCAAGACCUGAAGUGCUAACAAAAAAUACCACAACAACAUUCAAGAAGAAGAAAUAAAAGAAAUGGCCAUCUUCUGCUUCCUUGUAAACCAGAGGAAGCAAGUCCGGGGGAGAAAGCCGGCGGCCGGGUUGUGUUCGAGAUGCGGAGGUGGAGCAGUGGUUGCGGACAUGAGAACCUCCACAAGAUUCUGUGGGGUUCCAUUUUACCGCAAAGCUUGGAAGGCUAUCGUCUGUCAUUUCUGCGGCGCUGUGCUCAAAUCUUACCACUGAGUCUGAUGAAUCGACGUUUUGCGUGUUAAUACAUUUCUUUUUUGUUUUUACUUUUUUUUAUCAACAAAGCUACUUGCCAUUGUAUGUCGCUUGAUAGCUUACCUUAGAGUCUUAGACUCUUUAGUCCUGAUGAGUUUGUUAUUCGUUUGUCUCUAUUUCUGACUAAUCAUUUGUCUCUCUCUCUUUCUUACUAAUGCAAGCGAUCCAUUUACUUUAAAAGUCUCUUCAAAACAAGUUUGGUUGAUAGGAAAAAGCAGAAAGCCACAUGAACGUGAUGUGCGUAGCUUCCCUAGAGAGUCAAGACGAAGGAAUAAUCCAACAACUUGCUGCACAGCUUUCACCCUUCAAGGCGUCUUCUCUCUCUCUCUUCUUUAUUUAGAUCACUAAAUGAUAAAAUUUGUUUUUCAAGAGCUGUUUUAAGUAAACUAAGAAAGAGAGAGACAAAUGAUUAGUAGGUAGUAUGUACUAAAUAAUAAAGGCAAAAGACGUGUAUGUACUAA